UCCCUCCCUCAGAGGCAUAUCAGAACAGACAGUCCCUCUGGCGUCCAGCCUUCUGCACGCUGCUUCAUUUCUGCACACACCAGCUCCGGGCGACAGCCUAGAAGGGGUGUUGGAGAAAUUGAAAGGCGUCCAGGGAGGGCCUCCAGGGAACGGGUCCAUCAGGGAAAAAGGGCAUCACAGAAUGGGAAAAUCUGAGAGCCAAAUGGACAUAAUGGAGAAGACAACUAAACCAAGGAAGCACCGCUGGACUGUUAUGGAGAUUGGUUUGUCCAUUAUGUUACUGCUCAUGAGCUGUGCAUUGGCAGGACUGGUAGUGCUCUACGCUUCUGCACUAAAGGAAUACUCAUACAGAAAUGGACCUUCAAAAGGGCUUCAGUAUCAUUUCAGCUCUGAGAGCAACGUCUGCACGACCCCAGAUUGUGUCACAGCAGCGGCAAGGUUACUGCAAAACAUGGACCCUAGUGUUGACCCAUGCCAGAACUUUUACCAGUACGCCUGUGGAGGAUGGCUGGAGCGGCACGUCAUCCCCGAGACCAGCUCUCUGCACAGUGUCUUCAACAUCCUGAGAGAUGAGCUGGAGAUUGUGCUGAAGGGGAUUCUUGAGAUGGAGAAACAACAGGACCGGCUGGCUUUCAAGAAAGCCAAAAUGCUCUACCGAUCAUGUAUGAAUGAGAGUGUGAUUGAGCAGCGUGACUCGCAGCCCCUCCUCAAGCUCAUUGACAGUAUUGGCGACUGGCCCGUAGCCUCGGAGGACUGGAACAGCACAGCAGAGGAGACAUGGAGGCUGGAGGAUACCUUAGCAGCCUUAAAUGCUCACUACAACAAGAAGAUUUUGCUGGAAAUGUUCGUGUGGCCUGAUGAUCGAGACUCAAGCCGUCACAUAAUUCAUAUCGACCAGCCUGCGCUAGGAAUGCCCUCAAGAGAUUAUUACCUCAACGAUGGCAACUACAGAAAGGUGCGUGAGGCCUACCUGCAGUUCAUGGUUUCCAUGGCAAAAAUAGCGCGGGAGGACAGGAAUCUGACCCAAGAUGAUGAGCGUGUGUGGGAGGAAAUGAUGCAAGUGAUGAAGCUGGAGAGAGAGAUCGCCAAUGCCACAUCCCCAGCUGAGGAGCGCAAUGAUAUCACUGUCCUCUACAACAAGAUGACCUUGCGAGAUGUGCAGGAUACCUUCAGUCUUGAUGGCUUUAAUUGGACCCGCUACAUUCAGGGAAUCAUGGGCAGUGUUUCCAUUGCAGUGCAGCCAGAGGAGCCCAUAGUGGUCUACUGCUCACCAUACCUUGAGAAGCUCAGCCAUAUUCUGUCUAGAUAUGACCGCAGGACUGUGCAGAAUUACCUGGUGUGGAUGCUUGCGAUGGAGAGGGUGAGCAGCCUGAGCCGCCGCUUCAAAGACGUUCGAGCCCACUACAGAAAGGCUUUACAUGGCACCACAGUAGAGGAAGCACGUUGGCGAGACUGCGUACGCUAUGUCCAGAGCAAUAUGGAGAACGCUGUGGGCGCUCUGUAUGUGCAGGAGACCUUUGCUGGAGACAGUAAGCGCAUGGUUGGUGAAUUGAUCAGAAAGAUUCAGGAGGCGUUUGUGGAAACACUAGAAGAGCUCAACUGGAUGGAUGAUCAGUCCAAGGAGAAGGCCAGAGAGAAGGCCAUGGCUAUUUCAGAGCAGAUUGGCUACCCAGAUUAUAUCCUGGAAGAAAACAAUCAGAAGUUGGAUCAUGAGUACGCCCAUCUCAAUUUCAGUGAAGAGAACUACUUUGAAAAUAUUCUUGAGAACCUUCAAGCUACUGCUCGGAAAGGACACAAGAAGCUAAGAGAACCUGUGGACCCUGACUUGUGGAUCAUUGGUGCUGCUGUGGUCAAUGCAUUCUACUCUCACAACAGAAACCAGAUAGUGUUUCCAGCUGGAAUUCUACAGCCUCCUUUCUUCAGCGAGAAGCAGCUCCAAGCACUAAACUUUGGAGGCAUUGGGAUGGUAAUAGGACAUGAAAUCACCCAUGGCUUUGAUGACCAUGGGCGUAACUUUGACAAACAUGGGAACAUGUACAAUUGGUGGAGCAACUAUUCUACGGAACAUUUCGAGGACCAGUCUAAAUGCAUGGUGCAGCAGUAUGGCACAUUCAGCUGGAAACUUGCAGGAGGUCAAAAUGUCAGUGGCAUUUCCACUUUAGGGGAGAACAUUGCAGAUAAUGGCGGAGUUAGGCAAGCAUACAAGGCAUACAUGAAGUGGGUGGAAAGGGAAGGCGAGGAGCCUCGUCUUCCUGGUUUGGACUUGGAUCAUAAACAACUCUUCUUCCUCAACUUUGCCCAGGUAUGGUGUGGUGCCUGUCGCCCUGAAUAUGCCAUCCAGUCCAUUAAAACAGAUCCUCACAGCCCUCUGGAGUACAGGGUGUUGGGGUCCUUGCAAAACUUCGAAGCCUUUUCUGAGGCCUUUCAAUGCGAGAGAGGAGCUCCCAUGAAUCCGGACGAGAAAUGCAGAGUGUGGUAG